CAAGUUGUGAUUUGUGUUUUCCUCGAUUCUUCUUUGUUGGGAGAUUUGAGCCAAUUGCCCAAACAAAGUAUUAAAUACGAAUGUUCUUUGCGCGCCGACAAGCACAACAACUAACUACACAAAUACUACCUUUGGCAACAAAAAAGUUUUCAUUUGUGAUUUUGUAUUUAGUUUUUUGUUCGUUGGUUUGGUUUGGCCUCGUGAAAGUUUCCGCACUGCUUAACAACAACAACAACAACAGCUAGAAAAAAUGGCCAACACGAACGUGAAAAUCGUCGAAUCGAAACUGGAUCUGUUCCAAGCCCCACAGCACUAUGCACUGGCGCACGCCGUUGAGUCAUCUUUCGCUGCACUCCGCGGCACCCUCGCCUGGCAGUUCGCCCUCAUCUUUGGCGACGUCGACGAUCUGCGGCGGCGGCGCGUCAGCAGCGGCAAUUGCGUCGUUUUGGAGCACAAUUCGAGAUUCGUUUACCAUCUGGUCACCAAGGCGAAUCACUAUGCGGCCGCCACAUACGAUGAUGUCCAGGCGGCCUUGAUUUGCAUGAGGGAGCAUAUGCGGAAUCAUGAAAUCACCAAAGUGGCCAUGCCACGGAUCUGCUGUGGCAACGAUGGCCUCCACUGGAAGCAAGUGAAGCGCAUUAUGCAGCAGAUAUUCGCGCACAACGAGUAUCCCAUUGAGAUACUCGUUUGUGAGCAUGACGACGUCUCCAGAGAGCUGGCUGCGCCCAAGUGUCAGAUUACCGAGGCCAAGGGCAAUCUGUUUAGCGCACCGGAAAACUUUGCACUGGUCCAUUCCGUAAGCGCCGAUUUCGCCAUGUGCGCGGGCAUCAAUUUGCAGUUUCGCUGCAAGUUCGGGCAGGUGGACGAGCUGAAGCGGCAGCAGCGGCACACGGGCAACGUGGCUGUGCUGGAGCAGGGCGGACGCUUCAUAUACAAUCUGGUGACCAAGGAGCGUGCCCACGAGAAGUGCACCUACACGGCGCUCUACUACGCACUGCUGGCCAUGCGCGAUCACAUGCGUGAGCACAGCGUCACCAAGUUGGCCAUACCACGUCUGGGCUGUGGAAUCGAUCGUUUGGACUGGCUGCGCGUGCGCAGCUUGCUGGAGCUGGUGUUCGUCAGCGACAGCGUGGACAUAAUUGCCUUCUUCUACGAGCCGCCCAGCAUGGAUAGGGACACCAUAAAGGUCAUGUGCCCCACCUGUCAUCACAUGAAGCUCAUGCAGCUGCCGCGCAGCGUCAGCUCCUCGCGACAGUCCCUGCACAGAGAGAAGACGCCCUUCUAAGAUGAUGAGGCAUCUUUUUGUAUAUAUAAAUAGUUGUUAAUUUAUAACAUUCGAAAUGGGUUUGCAUGGGGUUUUUCUUUUUAGGCACCAAAUGCACCGUUACUUAUAUAGUUGUUAGGAGUUUUGGUUAGUUGAGAGCACAAGAAAAUGACAUAUGUAUUUAUUGUACAACAAAUAAAAGACACCGCCUGCUGGCUGGCAAUAAACGAAA